AGAGCAAGCAAGAAGGGGAAAAAGUGUGUGAGAAAUACAUUAAAAGGUCUGAAGGGAUGGGCCCUGGGAGGCUGUGUGUGUAUAUAAUGUGGGAGUACACCUGUCAUUCGAUGGACCUGCUCAGAAGAUCACUUCAAGAUUGUCCAUCAUGAAGCUCUCUCUGUUUCUGGCCUGUGUGUUGGUGUCUACUCUGGUUGUAGCCUCAGGCCACAUAUUUGAUUCAAGACUGGAUGAAGACUGGAAGAACUGGAAAUCACAACAUGAGAAACACUACACUGAGGAAGAAGAGACCUACAGGAGAAUGGUAUGGGAGGACCAUGUGAGAUUCAUUGAACAGCACAACCUGGAGUACUCAAUGGGAAAACAGACAUUUACUGUGGGAAUGAACCAGUUUGGAGAUAUGACUACUAAUGAGUUCAAUGAACUCAUGAAUAGAUUCCUCCCAGUCGAAGCUGAUAACUCAACUGAAGAUGAAUUUGACGAAGAAGAUGAACAUGUUGAAGAUGAACAUGUUGAAGAUGAUGAUGAAUUUGAUGAAGAUGAAGAAAAUGAUGAUGAUUUGGGAAAUGUAAUUGUCGACUGGCGUACAAAAGGCUAUGUUACUCCAGUGAAGAACCAGGGGCAAUGUGGUUCUUGCUGGGCUUUCAGUGCAGUUGGUGCUAUCGAAGGACAGUGGUUUCACGCAACUAAAAAACUGAUUCCUCUGAGUGAACAGAUGCUGGUUGAUUGUAGCACGUAUAGAAACAGAGGAUGUCAAGGUGGAUGGAUGUCAUAUGCCUUUGAAUUUGUCAUCAAUAAUAAUGGCAUCAGCUCUGCUGCAGAUUAUUCAUAUACUGCACGGGAUCAAAACUGCCAGAAUAAAACGGACAAGCUUGUUGCCAAAAUCAGACACUACGCAUUUAUCAGAAGACGCGAAAGAUUCUUAGAAAAAGCAGUAGAAAGGAUCGGACCGAUAUCUGUUGCUAUUGAUGCAAGCGGAAGGUCUUUCCACUUCUAUAAACGAGGGAUCUAUCGGAAUCCAAGAUGCAAGAGUCGGGCUGUAAACCACGCAGUGCUGGUGGUUGGAUUUGGGAGAGAGGAUCAAAGGAACUAUUGGCUGAUUAAAAACAGUUGGGGAACAAGCUGGGGUCAUGAAGGUUACAUCAAAAUGGCUAAGAAUGUGAGGAGAAACUGUGGAAUCACAAGACAUGCAGUCUACCCAAUAGUCUAAGGAAACACGUGUUAAACCAGAACUUCAUCGAACUCCUCCUGAAAGAAUGAUGGAAACAUUUCUGCUGAUACUUACUCAUUCUCCGCCAUUGCUUCAACUUCCUGCUGCAAUUUAAAAAUGUGGAAUAUUAACAGCUUCUACACAUUUUUAUAACUUCACAUAAAGAGCAAUCCCGUUGUGUAUUCAAGUUAUGGAACCACAUCAUCCAACUUGUGCAGAGACAAUGGGUUGCAUGUACUGGUGAUGUUGAGUAAUAUAAUAAAUGCUUCAGCCAUCA